AUGGACCAAUCACGGUCGUCUGUAUUUACAGCAAACCAGACUUCCAGAGCCACUGUGGCCCGUGGAUCCGCGAUGGAGAUGGAGGUGAAGAGAGGCCGGUUCCGCCUGAGCGUGCUGGAGGAUUCCGCACAGGACUGUGAGGUUCAGAGACGGAUCGAGAGAGAGGUGAGGAUCAGAGAAGGGGCCAGUAAGCUUUUAGCUGCGUGUUCUCAGAGAGAUCAGGCUCUGGAAGCUUCCAAGACUCUCCUCACAUCCAACAGCCGCAUACUGGCCCUCAUGACCCAGCUGCAGCGCAUGAAGGAAGCCCAGGCCAUGCUGAGAGCAGGACGGAGGUCAUCUGAUGGUGAGUCUGUUGAUAAGCGAUUACCUUGUACUGGAAAAGUAGCCAUUUCAGAUAUCCGCAUUCCUCUCAUGUGGAAAGAUUCAGAGUAUUUUAAAAACAAAGGAGAGCUACACCGGUGUGCCGUGUUCUGUUUGCUGCAGGUGGGGACAGAGAUUCACGAUACGGAUCUCGUAAUAGUGGACAGGACGCUCACAGACAUGUGUUUCGAUGAACCAGUGAUAUUCACUGACGUACCUCCAGGCUUUGACCUGCGGGUGGAGCUCUACAGCUGCUGUGUGGAGGAGGAAUUCAGCAUGGGCUUCUCCACUCUGAGGCUGAGCCGGCUGGGAAGUGCCUCCAGUAAGAAGUUCAUGGCAACUUUAGAGACAGCAGCUUCCUGCAGUUCCCACAGCAGCGGAGCCGGAUCACCCGGAGGAGAAUCACCGGUUCUGCUGCCUGCUCUGUCUGUACGGGGCCCUAAAUAUCACCUCCUGGCCCACACAUCUCUGACCCUGUGUCACGUACAGAACUCUUUCCGAACACAUGACCUGACAAUAUCAGACACGGAGGGCUCUUCGUUCUGGUUGCCGCUCUAUGGUAACAUAUGCUGUCGCCUCGUGGCCCAACCUCUUUGUAUGACUCAAGUUGUUAUGUGUGGAAAACUCAGAAUUCGGAGCAAUCCUGAGGACUGGAGAGACGUCUACGGUGUUCUGAGUGGGUCAGAUUUAAAAUGUUACCAGCAGGAAGAUGAUACAGAUUCUUUAGAGACACCACUGUUCACUAUUCCCAUUAAUAAGGAGACCCGUGUGCGUGCCACAGAGAGAGAUCCGGCUCUACAUACUCACAGUAUCACCAUAACAAACCAGAGUUGUGAUGAGACCACAUACACAAUUGUCACGCACACAUCUGAAGACACGCAUAACUGGAUGGAAGCUUUCUGGCAGCAUUUCUAUGACAUGAGUCAGUGGAAACAGUGCUGUAAUGAGCUCAUGAAGAUUGAGGAACCUUCUCCAAAGAAAAUGAUGGUGACAUUAACACAAGGCUCCCUGUAUCAUGAAAUGGUUACGUCGCCAUCCACCAAGACCAGAAACCAUCUGCAACCCCUGAACAGACCUGUUUCUUCUGAAAUCCAAAGCCUGCUGUCCACCUAUUAUAAUGACAGUUACUGAAGGAUCGAACAAGAAAACUAAAGAAAAAACCUGUUUUGUGCACAGCUCACAACACACCCAGUAUAUUACAGCACACACAAAUCUUUUUUUGGGAAAAAUGAAAUUUAGAUUUUUUUUUCAUAUUUGUUUGCUAAAUCCAACAUGCACACCCAUGUACAAAAUACCGUAUUGGCUUAAAACUCUGAUUGUCAUUAUCAAAAAAUUGACCCUAAUAUUACAAGACAGUUUCCCACUUUUUAGCUACUUACCAUAUAAAUAAAUGUAUAAUAAUAAAGAAACUUUGACUUAAAAUCAUGUGAGAAUUAAUAGUGUUACAAGAGACAAUAAACCAGCACACCUGCGUAGGAAUUUGUUUGCCAGGAACAACAGCUAAUUAUACAGUUUAGUGUAAUUAUGGAAAGGUAAAUUGAUCAGGUAGCAUUCCAAAGAGCCGUUUAGUAAAUUCCCAGUAUACAGUUGUUAAGGACUGAAAAACAUGUAUCAAAAUCUAUUAAAAAGUAUAUCAGCUUAUGCAUAUGCAUGUACAGCAUGGUAUUUUCUCUCUUUUUUUUUUAGGGCAAAUCUCUUUUUCAAUGCUCGGUAAAGGUCUGGCUCUUUAUGUUUGAUUCUACAAGCCUGUAUUGGCAGUGUAACUUGAUCCUGUGGAGGAUCAGGGCUUCCAUUACACUGUCACUGGAUUUAAAUCACUCACCUUUAAAAUUGACUGGAACAUUUUUUACUUGCUACAAGCUAUGGAAAUCCUGCAUGACAAGAGUUUGACAGUUUGUUUUUGUUUUUGUUGUUUUUUCAGUCAUAGUAAUUAUUGUACCACCUCAAGUGGUACAAAUUGAGCAACUCAAGUUUCAUGCCAAACCUUUAAAUGAUUUAAAAUCGAUAUUAAAUUCAAAUGAUCCUUAUCUUCUCUUAAGACAAAUCAGUCAAACAGCCAACCAACCAACACCAUUUCAAAUCGGUAUGAAUAUAACCCUCAUCUCUAAACCUUACCUGAAUUUUAAUUUUAGAUCUAUCAAGAUCAGUGUCAAGUUGUCAGUGAUAGCUGGAAGGGUAGGCCCUACAGCAUCUUGACUUACUGUAAUUUGUAUUACAUAAUAAAUGGAAUGCAUUGAUUAAAUAUGUUCACUGAUACAGUUCCUUUCUGAGAACAUUGUUUUGAAUAGCAAGCUAAAAUUGUUGACUGAUUUGUCUUAUUGUAGGAUUUGUAACCCUUUUAACAAUUGUCUUAGAGGUUAAGGCUGUUUAUAUUAAUAAUUCAGCAGUACUACCAAAAGUAUUAUUCUUUUAUGUAAUAUGAGGUGAUGUGACUCGUUGGUUAAUAAUUUGGCUGGUGGUAACCCAAAGGUUGUAGGUUCAAAUCCAAGGAGAAGCCACCUGCCACCAUUGUGUCCAUGAAAAAGAUGUCACAUUGCUUCAUGGAAUCUUUGUUCCUGCUCUUUCUGAACAGACUGUAGUUGGAAUAUAGGUACAAAUCUGUUGUUUCAUUAUUUAUAGGACAAUUAUGUGUUAAUAGUACCAUGAUAAUAAAAUGAACGAUUGGAAAUCCCCAUCA